AUGCCCAAGAAAAUAUUUUCCAAGGAUGAUACGGAGAUAGGAAAGAAUACUGAGACCUUUAACUUAAGUUAUUUGAUUGACGAAAUGAAUUCUGAAGGUGGACUAAAUCAUGCUUCCAAUGGUUCUGAUGAUGACGAUUUUGACAUGGAGUAUGUAACAGAACAAGAGUCCUUUUACAGUGAAGUUUCUGCUCCAAUAUACAACAAUCAUUCGAAAAAAGUCAAGGCUAAAAAGAAAGUUCAAGCUUGUCGAAAAUUUUUUGAAUUUCCAAUUUCUUUACAAGUUUUUAUGGAGCAGCAAAAAACUAAUUCUCAUGGCAUAAAAGAUAAAAAUGACGAGCAUAUAGACUUUGUAAGUUCAAAUGAGAAAGUUAAAGUUCCUGAAGUUGGGAUGUUGUUUCCAUUGGAAGAAGAUGUUCAUGGUCUUUAUUGUUCGUAUGUGCAAAAUGUCGGAUUCGGCAUUAGCAAAUUAUGGCAUAGAAGAGAUGACAAUGGCAAGAUAAAAUAUUUUACACUGGGAUGUGCCAAAGGUGGUAAGAAGAAGGAAUCUAAGGUGGUAAGAAGAAGGAAUCUAAGGCAAAAAAAUCCAUUAUAUCCUCGACCUACCAUUAAAUUGGAAUGCAAAGCUAAGAUUAAUGUUACACUUCAGAAUGAUGGGAUGUUUAUGAUAUCUAGUGUGUCGCUGGAGUACAACCAUUGUUUAAGUCCUCCGAUGUCACGCCAUUUUAAGAGUAAUCACGUGAUAGAUCCCGGUGUAAAAAGAAAAUUAGUGUUAAAUGAUCAAGCUGGAAUACCUAUGGCUAAGAGUUUUCAAUCACUUGUAGUGGAGUACGGUGGGUUGGAGAAUUUGCCUUUUGAUGAGAGAAAAUGCAGAAAUUUUGUCGCCGAAGUUAGAAAAUUGAGAUUAGGCAUGGGAGAUUGUGAAGCAUUGAAUAAUUAUUUUUGUCGCAUGCAAAGUCGAAACCCAAAUUUCUUCCCCCUACUGGAUUUGGAUGGUGAUUGCCACAUCAAAAAUAUAUUUUGGGCAGAUGCAAGAAAUGCAAGAAGUAGGGUUACAUAUGAUUGUUUUUCCGAUGUUAUAACAUUUGAUACAACCUACUUAACCAAUAAAUAUGACAUGCCUUUUGCUGCAUUUGUUGGCGUAAACCGCCAUGGGCAGUCUAUUUUGCUUGGGUGUGGAUUGUUAUCAAAUGAAGAUACACCAACUUUCACAUGGUUGUUUAGAUCUUAUGCCAAGCUAUUCAGAAUGCAGUUGCAUAGAUCUCGAUACAAUAAAGUCAUUCCAUUGAUUCAAGAAGUACAAAGACUUGGGUCCAAAAAGGACGAAACCUUUGCUAUUUUGUAUGAAGUUUUGAAGGAGACAAAACGUAAACUCUUUGCUAUGGAUUCUGAUGAUCAGAUGGAGGUUGAAAAGAAUUGUGAUUUGUCAACCCCACAUUCAGGGGUUAGACAAGCAAAAAUACAUUCUCCUAUGCAUGUGAAGUCUCGAGGCCGUCCACCUAAGAAGAUCAGAAUUGAGUCUAAGGGUGAACAAAUUGCGAAGAAGCUUGAGACAAAGGCUCAAAAAAAGGUUGAACAAGUUACGAAGAAGUUAGAGAAGAAGGCUCAACAAAAGAGAAAGAAAGAUGUUCACACAAAAAUGAUGUAUGAUAGAUUAGGGUUUUUGUUUGGUGGUUGUUUGGAUGUUUUAGAUGUUGAUUUUGAGGUUAGAGAGGAGACACAUUUAUUUUCACAAGAUGACUACAUGGAAGAGUCGGAUCCUGACUACAUAGCUCCAAGUGAAAGCGAAGAAGACCGUGAUGUCUCUGCAGAGAGUGAUUUUGAAGAAAGUGAUGAUAAAUUAUUGAAAAAUGAGGAAAGGGAUCUUAAUCCAUUGCCCCGACGCCAUGUUUAUAGUAAGAUAGGGAAAUGGGAUGCCUCGUGUGUGGACAAAAAUGAGUUUGCUCUUAAGAUGUGGGAUGAGACGCCUGAAGGAAUGGACAUUGGUGUUUGUUUCAAAUCCCAAUCAGAAGCAAAGUAUGCUGUGAAAUUAUGGAACAUCCAUCAUAAAAGAGAAUAUACAGUCGCCGCGAGUAGUCCAAAGACGUGGGCUGUGCGGUGCAGAACAUUAAAUGUGGAAAGUGAGGAUGGUGAACCACCAUGUGAGUGGAAGAUGUGUGUGUCUUUGAAAGAUCACGGCCUUCAUGAAAUUGUGAGAUGGCAUGAUGCACAUAAUUGUAUGACUCCCAUGAAUGAUAAUGACAAUCGAUGUGUGGAUGCGUCUUUGAUUGCUAGACUCAUCAGGAGAAAGGUUGAGGACAACGUAUAUUAUACGGUGGUCUCGGCACAGAAAGAUGUGAAGACCUUAUUGAAAGUAGAUUUACCAUACAAAAGGGCGUGGCACGGGAGGAGGAAAGCCAUAGAAGCGGUCUAUGGUGAUUGGACCUCGAAUUUCGAAGAACUUCCUAGGUAUAUCGCGGCGCUUAAGUUUACUAAUCCUAAGACUGUAGUAGAGUGGGAAUGGAAGGAGGGACAAGAAGGGUUGUUGAGCGCAAUAUCACAGAUGGAUGAAUGGCAUGAUUUAGGAAAUGGUGGUCACUUUCUUUGCCUCCGCCACGUUUGCAGCAAUCUUGUGUCGCGAUAUAAUAGCAGAAAGGUGAAGCGGUUAUGUUGGAAAAUGGGCACGACGCAUUCAAGAGUGAAAUACAACCGUAUGAGGGUAGAGCUUAUGGAAUUCAAACCUGCUGCAUGGGAGUAUCUUCAAGAGAUUAGAGGGAGUAACUGGGCUCGAUUGAAAGCCGGUCUUCGCUGUUGGGACAUAGUGACAACCAACAUUUUUUAG